GCUGUGUUCAUUUUUAGCUCCUUGGGCGCCGCUCUCUUUCUUAUCCCCUUCGGAGAAGGAAGAACCCUAGACAUCAAAUAUCUCAAAGAUGAAUCGGGAAAAGCUGAUGAAGAUGGCUAACACCGUCCGGACCGGUGGAAAGGGUACAGUGAGAAGAAAGAAGAAGGCGGUGCACAAGACAACUACAACGGAUGAUAAGAGGCUUCAGAGCACUUUGAAAAGAAUAGGAGUGAAUGCCAUUCCAGCAAUCGAAGAAGUUAACAUCUUUAAGGAUGAUACGGUUAUUCAGUUCAUCAACCCCAAAGUUCAAGCUUCGAUCGCUGCAAACACGUGGGUUGUCAGUGGUUCUUGUCAGACCAAAAAAUUGCAAGACAUCCUUCCUCAGAUUAUCAGCCAUCUUGGACCCGAUAACUUGGACAACCUGAAAAAGCUAGCAGAGCAGUUCCAGAAACAGGCUCCUGGGGUGGGAGCGGCCCCUGGAGCUGGCCAAGGGGAAGAUGACGAUGAUGAUGUCCCAGAACUUGUAGCAGGAGAGACAUUCGAGGCUGCUGCUGAAGAGGGUCAGCCCAAGGCCGCUGCCGAAGAGGGUCAGCCCAAAGCCGAGGCUUCUUGACUUGAGGAGGUGCUACUGAAAACCGGUCGGAUUUACAUAAUCUAUAAUGUUUUUGUUGCUCGACCUUUUCGAGCACAGCCAGAUUCUUGGUUUUUUUUUUUAAUUUCCUGUAAUGGUUGCUGACAGAAGGCUGCCUUUAUCCCCCUUGAUGUUUUGGUCCGGACAAACAGUUCACCUUUCAGAAGAUUCGCUUAGUUUUGUAGUGUAUCGUCCUCAUUACAAUCCUCUUCAACCAGGUUGUGAUUUUUUUUUA